AUGGGAGAUGUGAGGGCAUUCGCGAACCCGCGGAAUCAGGUCAAACCUCCAGACAAGGGCAGUUUCCCCCUGGACCAUAUGGGCGUGUGCAAAGCCAUGCGAGACAAGUGGGUAGCUUGUAUGAAAAACCACGACUGGGACAGCGGUAAAUGCCGCCCCGAAUCUGCUGCCUACCUGCGCUGCCGCAUGGCCAACAACCUUAUGAGUCCCGAAGAGAUCGCCAAAUUGGGCUUCAGCAAUGCUGAAUGGAACCAGGCAGAGCUGAUCUACUGCGAGAAAUGA